AUGCGUGUUUCUGGGCUGUUAUGCUUGAUUUCAUUGGGUGUAGUUUCGUCAAAUGUUUACAAGAUCGCAUUUUUCGUUCCUUCAUGGAUACCAAGUCAGUUAAUAUGGACUGUUCGAGUGGCUGAAGAGUUGGCGAAAGCUGGUCAUAAAAUUACAAUUAUUGGGAUAAGAGAAGCGGAAAGCACAAUCAAAACACCUGUAAUCGAAGAAAUCGAACAAUGGCACGUGGACGCAUUCGUACUAAAUCUGACAGAGUUUGAAUCAAGAAAAUCACGUUUAAUUUAUAAGGAGAUGUCCAUUCUUGAUCCAGAUAUGAGAGAGUUUUUUUCAAUGGCAACCGGCAGCCUUAAUAAGGGAUGUGAACUUGUUCUGCAAAACAAAACGUUUAUUGAUCGUUUGAAAGCGGCAAAAUUCGAUCUUGCCUUCAAUCAUAUGGGGCAAUUGUGUGGAGUGGGUUUGACGCGAUUAGCGAAUAUACCAACGUGGAUUUGGUUAAGCAGUGGACAGUUAGUGGAUCAUAUGGCUGAAUACAUUGGUGUUCCAAGCCCUCCAAGCUAUGUGCCAACGCUUUUUUCUGACAGCUCCGAUGAAAUGUCUUUCACGGAACGGUUGAAGGUACUGAUUGGACGAGUCAUAAUUCGCCUCGUAGUCGAAAAAAUAUCCAUGAACCCGCACACGGAACUAUUUCGAAAGUACGUUGAUCCGAACUUCCCCGACCUCAUCGACUUGGUUCAGGCAUGCCCCCUCGUGAUGGUGAACAGUAAUGAGAUGUACAAUUUCGCACGUCCAACGCUGCAUAAAAUCAUUUACAUUGGAGGUUUGGGAAUGACGAUUAAGAGUGCGAAACCGCUGACUGGAGACUUCAAAAGUAUUGUGGACAAUGCGAAACAAGUUGCGGUGAUGACGUUUGGUUCUCAUGCGAACUCGAGCGCUAUGCCUGAAAAGUGGAAGAAUGCGUUUCUGGAUGCUUUUCGGAAGUUUCCUGAUGUGCAAUUCAUCGUGAGAUAUACGACCAAGGACUUGGACGGCAAAACACCGCCGAACGUGCACCUUAAGCCAUGGAUACCUCAAACGGAUCUUCUUCUGAACAGGAAGACUGUAUUACUAAUCACACACGGUGGAUAUAACAGUGUUCAAGAAGCAAUCGCUGCUGGUGUUCCAAUGGUUACGAUACCAUUAUUCGGUGAUCAAUUUGGUAACGCAAGAUUGGUUGUUAAGCACGGAUGUGCCUCUAGCAUUAAGAAGAAGGAUGUCAGCACCGAAACAAUCACUAAAGCUUUGCAAACGGUUCUAAGUAACCCAAGUUACAAAAAGAAUGCGAUUAGAAUGCGUGAUAUGCUGCUGAAGAAACCGUCACAGCCAGAUCGACUGCUCGUCGAAUGGACCGAAUUUCUGGCAGAGUUUCAGCAGCUACCAAACUUGGUACCAUAUGGUGUAAACCUGAAUUUUAUUCAAUAUAACUGCAUUGACGUAAUCGCAUUCCUCGCUACAGUUGCAAUUGUUAUCAUAGUGAUUACUGCGAAAAUACUCAAACUAAUUGCUCGCCUAAUUAUCAGAAAAUUCAUCAGAAAAGACGCAAAAAAGAAGAGCGAGUGA